AUGUCUCUCGAAGAAAAGGUCAAUAUGACAGCCGGAGUUGGUGGACCGUGUGCUGGAAAUGUACCACCGAUUCAACAUCUCGGUUUUCCCGGCCUCUGCUUCCAAGAUUCACCUUCCGGCGUUGGCGACAAUGUUGAAUUCGCGACCGCUUUCGUUCCUGGCAUUCAUAUCGCAGCUACCUGGGAUCGAGAUCUCGCUUACGCUCGCGCCGUUGCAAUCGGCCAGGAAUUCAGAGGAAAAGGUAUCCACUUUUUAUUGGGACCUAUGAUGAAUAUCGAUCGUAAUGCUCUACAUGGUCGUAAUUGGGAAGGAUUCGGCGCUGAUCCGUACCUAUCUGGCGAGAAUUCGUUCGAAUAUGUGCUAGGAGUUCAAAAUCAAGGUGUGGUUGCUACUGCCAAGCACUACAUUGCCAACGAGCAGGAAACCAAUCGUUUCUACGAUGUCACAGCAUCUAGUAGUUCCAAUCCGUACGAUAUCAGUUCGAAAGGUUAUUCCGCUAACAUCGACGACAAGACCAUACACGAAAUUUAUUUGUGGCCGUUCGCGUCUAGUGUAGUCGCCGGCGCGGGUUCCGUUAUGUGUUCCUACAAUCAAGUCAACGGUACACAAGCGUGUCAGAACAGCAAAACGUUGAACGAUCUGUUGAAGGGUGAACUCGGAUUUCAAGGCAACGUCAUGUCCGAUUGGGGAGCGACGAAAACCGGAAUCGAAUCAGUGUUGGGUGGAUUAGAUGUGGAAAUGCCGGGUGGAGAUGGGUUCAUGGGUUAUUCUCUUCUUCAAGCUGUGCAAAGUGGACGAAUCAGCGAAGAGAGAAUCGAUGAUAUGGUCACUCGAAUUUUGGCACCUUACUAUCUUGUCGGACAAGAUCAGGGCUACCCGACACUUGACUUCAGUCGCGAUGUAACACAGGACCAUCAUAAGAUCAACCGUCUGACUGGUACUGCCGGUAUUAUUUUACUAAAAAAUACGAACAAUGUUCUGCCGUUUAACGCGGACUCGGACAAACACAUUUCUGUGUUUGGAUCGGCAGCCGGUCAAUUCAAAAUAGGUCCUUCGCCGGGAGAUGCCCAAGGCUUUGAUGGUGCUAUUUAUCAAGGUGGAGGUUCAGGCUUUGUCCGACCUACGUAUGCGAUCGAUCCUAUCAACACACUUGUUGCCAAAGCUCGAGAAUGUCACUUUCACAUCCAAUUCGUCACCGAUCAAAGCGAUUAUAAAACCAUCAAUGACUCAUUUCGGGUUCCCGGCUACUCCACACCGAAGUGUCUCGUUUUUAUAAACGCUUGGUCGACAGAAGGUCGAGACAGAUCCAGUCUUCAGGCUUACAACCAGGGCGACCAACUCGUACAAAUUGUCGCCGCACAAUGUGCAUCUACUGUUGUUGUUAUCAAUAGUGUUUCUCAACUGAACCUCGAAGCUUGGGUUGAUCAUCCAAAUGUGGCUGGCGUUAUUUGGUCUGGCUUACCAGGACCGGAAUAUGGACCAGCACUUGCCGAUGUUCUAUUCGGUAAUUAUAAUCCUGGAGGUAAACUCGUUUUUACAAUCGCCAAGAACGAUUCGGACUAUGGCACUAACAUUACUGAAACCUAUAAUUCGAAUUAUACUGAAGGCGUCUUCUUGGAUUAUCGCCACUUUGAUAAGUACAAUAUCAUGCCACGUUACUAUUUUGGAUACGGACUUUCAUACACAACGUUUUCUUUGUCCAGUCUUGGCGUUUCAAAAGUCAGUAAAAAUAAGCGCUUCAUCGCAUCUGUCAAUCGGCGGCGUCGAGCGUCCUUCAAUGCUGUUGCAAGUACUUCACAGCUGUACGAACCUGCUUAUACUGCAUCGUUUACUUUGCGCAAUACUGGCAAUGUUUACGGCUCCGAAGUGCCCCAACUAUAUCUCGGAUUUCCUGAUGAAGCCGCUGAACCGCCCAAAGUAUUAAGAGGCUUCGAGAGAGUCUACCUAGCGCCAGGUGAAUCAAAGAUCGUGACAAUGACAUUGACACAAAAGGACAUAUCCUACUGGAAUGUUGUGAACCAGAAAUGGACUAUUGCGCCUGGUAAUUACACGGUUUGGAUCGGAACUUCAGCAAAUCCCAAUGACUUGAAACUUCAGACCUUUUUUAUUAUUGGAUGA